AUGUCAUCAUCUCAAUGGCUUGGCACUAUUAGACACAUACCAGGAUUGAUUAAAAUUAAAUUAUCAUCAUGGGUAACUUUAACUAGUUAUUCUGGCUACUAUAUAUCCUCAGAUUGGGAUAUCCAAUCAGCCAUCGCACUUGGCUUAGGAGUGUUUUGCUGUUCUGCAUCCUCACAAGCAGCAAACCAAUUAAUAGAACUUAAAAAUGACAUUAAAAUGAGUAGAACUUGUAAUAGGCCUUUGGUCACUGGGAAAAUAACUAAAAAACAGGCAAUUGCAGCAUGCAUAACAUUCGCUACAAUUGGCACAACUACUUUGGCCUAUAUAUCACCUAUUUCUGCGAUAAUAGGAUUGAGUAACAUUCUAGCUUAUACAUUGAUUUAUACGCCACUAAAAUAUAGAACAAUAUAUAACACUCAAAUUGGAGCAAUAGUUGGGGCGGUGCCACCUCUUAUUGGUUCUACUAUUUCAAAUGUACAACUGAGUGAAAUUUCACCAUGGAUACUAUUCUAUACGUUAUAUUGUUGGCAAAUGCCGCAUUUUUAUCUUAUCGCAUGGUUAAAUAGGAAGGAUUGCCUAAAAGUAGGGUUUAGAAUGGUUGGAAUAACAGAUGACUCGGGUAAAACUACUGGUAAAGCUUGUAUAAGAUGGCAUUCUCUUACUACUCUUUUAUCUGCUUUAUUAUUAGCUGCAAAUAUUACAAAUUCUACAGUCCCCAUCAGUUAUGCAUUCCUUUUACCAUUAACGAUAAAUUUAUCAUUACUAAGACAAUUCAUUUUGUUUAUGAAAACUUCCACCAGUAUAUCAGCAAUUAAAUUAUUUAAGAAUGGUUUGUGGCACAUACUGGCUUUAUUGGCUUCAACCUCAUACGCUUUGGACAAUAGUACUCGUGAUUUUCUAAAACCGUAA